AUACAUAGGGGUUUGAUUGAAACUCUAGUGUCUCCCUUCAACUAUAAAUACCCCCAUCACCAUUGCACACUUCACUACCACUUUUCCACCUGCAAAUCACACUGGUCUUCUCCCUCUACCACUUUUUCUACAAAGUUCAAACCUUCAUUAGGAUUUCUUUUUGGCACUUCAACACACAUAACACACCCCCCCUCUCUCUCUCUCUACUCAUUUUCUCUCUCUACCCAUUUUCUCUCUCUACAUUCUCUCUGGCAACCAUGGUAGCUCUGGAGGGCAACCCGGUUCUCCGAGCUGAAGAGGACGCCAACAAGGCCACUGUCAUGGCCUUGUAUGCCGCACUGGACGGUGGGGAUUGCUCGAGAGUUGCGGAAAUCUUGGCACCGGAUCUCGAGUGGUGGUUCCAUGGUCCGCCUCACUGUCAGUAUAUGAAGCACAUGCUCACUGGAGAAUCCAUACACCACAAUUUCACUUUUAAGCCACAGAGUGUGAGGGCUAUAGGGAGCAUGAUUUUGGCCGAAGGGUGGGAGGGGGAGCACAUGUAUUGGGUACACGUGUGGAGUGUAGUAAACGGGUUGAUCACACAGGUGAGAGAGUAUUUCAAUACUUGGAUUAUAGUUCGGGACUUGAGUCCUGUGGUCCUCAAAGCCCAAGAUGGUUGUGAGGGAUUGACUUUGUGGCGUAGCGAGGUCGAAGGACGAUGGGAAAAGUCGCUUCCCGGACUAGUGCUUGCCAUAUGAUUCUAAUCUAUUUUGUAGUUAAAUAUGGAGCGAGUUCUAGUCUCUCUUUUAUUUUUCUUUCUUUGUGGUAUCUUUUGUACUCGUGGUCUCUCACUUCGUCUUUCUUUACAUUUUAUCAUUUAGUGAUCUCAAAUGUAAAGCUGUAAUUCGCAGUGGAAUAUAGAGAUAACAUCUAUCUUGGUUUAUUUAUUUA